UGUCUCCUCGUUAGCGAGAACCACAAUCCACAAAGCAAACGCAGGCAUUUAGGAUGUUUCCUGGUAAUUCUUGCAGCGAACGUUCAGACUCGAAUGGCUCGAACCACGACUCGUUGUUGCCGAGGCCAUGGAAGACGAAGACAGGACCCACCGCCUCUCUGUCUCCAGAUUUUUCCUCGAACAGUUAGUCGGCGAAACUUCGAGGCCUGCUUAUAUAAACCCCCAAUACCGUUCCUUCCGGAUUAGUUCUUAUGCUUUUAGUUGCCGAUCAAAAAACCCAAAACUCUAUUUCGAUUGUUGUAACAUUUCGAAUCGAGAUGAAUCCUGGAGACAAAUCUCCUCCUAAAACGGCACCGUUUUCUUCACCGCCAUUAACGGGUUCUCUAUUUAUUGACUCUACGUUGAUGGAAUUCGAGGCGUUCGCUACGAGCCCAUUGGGAGGCGAGCGGUGUCCGGUAACUAUAGGUGGGGCGGAGGAGAACACUGAGGUGCCCCAGCCAUUGGAAUGCUUGCAGGGGAACCCGAUACCGCGUUUUCUGUCUAAGACGUUCGAUUUGGUGGAGGAUCGAUCCUUGGACCCGAUAAUCUCCUGGGGAACUACGGGAGAAAGCUUCGUGGUUUGGGACUCUGUGGAGUUCGCUAGGCUUGUACUGCCAAGGAAUUUCAAGCACAACAAUUUUUCCAGUUUUGUGCGCCAGCUUAAUACUUAUGGGUUCCGCAAGACUGAUACGGAUAGAUGGGAGUUUGCCAAUGAAGCAUUUCAACGUGGCAAUAGGCAUCUUCUGAAGAACAUGCAGAGGAGCAAGUCACCUCAGGCCCAGCAGGCGGGGAGCCAUCUUGGGCAUUCUUUGGAGGCAGAGAAGCUCGGAUUGGAAGGGGAUCUAGAGAGACUGAGAAAGGGGAGGAGUAUGGUGAUGCAGGAGGUUAUAGAACUGCAACAGCAAAACCAAGGGACAGUCCAACAUGCGGAAGUAGUGAAUCAAAGGCUGCAGGCAGCAGAGCAGGGACAGGAGCAGAUGCUUUCAUUCUUGGCAAAGUUGUUUCAGAACCCAGCUUUCUUAGCCCGCCUUCGUCCAAAGAAAGAACAGGAAAGUCUUGGUUCUCCUAGAAUGAGGAGGAAGCUUGUAAAACACCAGCCACAUGAACCAGGCCAAUCAGAUGCAUUCUUGGAAGCGCAGACUGAGGGGCGAAACCUUCCCAUGUCUCCUAUGCUCCCAGAUUUCAAUCCAUUUACUGUCAAAGAAUCACCUGAAUUUUACUUACAAGAUACCGAUAGGAUGGGUUUUGGUUUAGCAAACAUUCCAUAUCAAAUUGAGAAUAUUGCAUCAGAUAAAUUAGCCUUGCCAGGGGAGUUGCAGGUACCACAGGGAUUUAUGAGAACCCAAGAACCUUUCAAAGAAGGGGCGUCAAGUGUUGGAACUAAAGAUCCACAUUUUGAAGGAAAGAAUGUGAUGAGCUCAGAACAAGAGUUUUCUCCCGAGUCUUUUGUCAAUUUUCUGGAGGAAUUGGCAACAGAGAAACAUUUUCCUGAAUUCUCAUCUCCUGGAACUGAAAGCAUCAUUAAACAAGAGGAUGUAUGAAGACUGGAUUUUGACACCAGUGCUGCUAUGUCUAAUUCUAGCACUGACUUAUGGGGUAAUCUUGUCAGCUACGAUACGCCUGAGUUCGGACUGACUAGUGGACUAACAGAUAUCUGGAAUUUAGGUCCAGCAGGAGGUUCUGGCAUUGACCAAUGGCUAGCUGUUGAAAACCCCUUCAAUGAACCUGAGAGCCAUAAUGGCCAGCAAAAAUAUGAUUGAUCCAAGAGUACAGAUCCAUAGGAAGCAUUUAAUUUGGCACUUGUGACCCAUUUGGAUUUGAGUUGUUCUAAUUUAAUGGGAGCAAUCAACUGGACGUUUGUUAUAAUAUAUGCUUGAAUAUGCUUGAUUAUUCUCUGAGUAUAAAAUUGUGUUGUUUCUAAAUCUGAAAGCAUAUUACUUUCACUGGCAGAAUUUGUGAUAUAUCCAUCUUUCAGUUGUUGAGUGAACCAUGCUAUCUUAUGAGGUUCAAAUUGAACGAGUGUUGCAAAGUUUUCUUGCUAACAAAUACUUCUUAAGUCGUGAUCCUUGCAGGUGUACCCAAUCAGACAAAAGGAUUAUACUACUCGGGUUCCGACGCAUUGGGUGCUCAGUGAUAAAGUUUAGCGGUGGGAUGUUACAAUGUGUUCGAUCGUAAGAGCUUCUGGUGUUGAUUCUGGUGAUUUCUUGGCGCGGGAUUCGUCUUGUUGGUAACAUCACUUCUUUGAUAUAGUUCAAUCAGCCAACCUUCAUGCAAGUACACAGAAGGCUGCGAGUUUUAGAGCAGGAUUGGAGCAUUUGACACUCUUUCUGUUUCUCAGGGUAUAUGCUCUUAUCUUAUGUAGCAAAUGGCAUCUCAUUUAUACUAUGUCCCUUUAGAGAUUAA